CUUAUUAAAAAUUCUAGUAUACUUGGGUCGCCACUAUGUAGUUAGCAUACGAUAUAUACCUGUAUAUAGGUAGGUAUAUAUACGUCUUUUAACAAUGUUUUCAACUAUAUGAUGACGAGGAAUCUACUUCCGCGACGCAUAAUUACGAACAGUACUGCUGGAUUCCGCCAUAUCACAAACUGUUCGCCCCCAACCACUGCGCGGCUGUCUCUGGCGGGGAUUGGAGACCGAGGGUUACUUCGUUGCUGCAAUCCAACUUCUACGACUCUCCCCAUAUAUAAACUUCUAUUACGACUUAAUUGGGUGCGCCGCAUUCACUCGAACGCCGCCACCAUGUCCACCACCGCAGACUCACCCUCUGAAGCGAGUAGCUCCGUAGCAGGGCCCAGCGUUUCGAAAGAGCCGACUACUUCCCCCACCACGAUCGCAAAAGAGGAAGAAGAAACAGAAGAAAAGAAGAAAAAGCUGCCGCCACUGAAGGGCGCCGAGUUCAGGGCGUACAACCGGCUCGCGGAGCACAUGGACGUCUUCCACGCACACUUCCGGACGUCGUGGAACACGCUGUGGGCGGCUGCUUGCUCGAGCGGGGGAAAAGGAAAAGGGUCGCGGGCGGGACGGGGGGUAGUUAACGAUGGGUUGGCGUUUAUCUCGCAGCUGGAGAUGCACCAUAACAUCGAGGAGACGUAUAUCUUCCCGAUCCUGGCGCGGCGGAUGCCGGAGUUUCGGACUGAUGGGAAAGGAGGCAAGGGCGCGGCGGAGCUGCUGAGGCAGCAUGAGGAGAUACAUGUUGGGAUGGAGGGCAUGCGGAAGUAUUUGAGGGGGUGUAGGGAUGGCGAAAGGGAGUUGGAUAUGGGGGUUUUGAAGGAGCAGAUGCAGGGCUGGGGAGCGGUGUUGUGGAAACAUCUGGAGCAGGAGGUUCAGACGCUGGGAGCGGAGAAUAUGAGGCAGUAUUGGAGUGUUGAGGAGAUUCGACGGAUUCCUAUGUAGGAGGUGGGAGAGGUGAGUUUAUACCUCUAGGGCUAUAGGUAGAUGUAGACGUAUGUAGACGGGGUUGAAGAAGUAGAUAUGUUACUUCGUUUUAGAGUGGUAGGGAAGUAAGAGGGUAGAUAUAUUGUAUGACGUUACGCCAUAGCUUGUCUUGAAGACGCCAUAUUGAUCGUUAACGAUUAUUCCUCACCAAUCACGGUUUCAUUGGUAUGGAAUGUAACGAGGUUUGACUGACAAGAUAAAGCCGACGUAGCACAUGUGAAUAUAAAUUAAAAUCAAUUAUCGAAUGAAAGAUGUAGCUUUUAAGGAGUAAGGAAGUCGCUUUUG